AAAGCACCCAAUGAGGACAUGGAAAAGGAAAAUGCAACCUUGCUGACGGAGCUGAUUCUCACAGGACUCACACAUGAACCACAGUGGAAAAUCCCUCUAUUUUUGAUGUUCUUGGUUAUCUAUCUUCUCACUAUUGUGGGGAACCUUGGUCUGAUUACUCUCAUCUGGAAUGACCCUCAGCUUCACAUCCCCAUGUACUUGUUCCUUGGCAGUCUGGCAUUUGUGGAUGCUUGGUUAUCAUCCACAGUGACCCCCAAGAUGCUAGUUGGAUUCUUCGCCAAGAGCAAAACGAUCUCUCUCUCUGAAUGUAUGAUACAGUUUUUUUCCUUUGCAAUCAGUGUAACCACGGAGUGUUUUUUGCUGGCAACAAUGGCUUAUGAUCGCUACGUGGCCAUAUGCAAACCAUUAACUUACCCAGUGAUUAUGUCCAAUACACUCUGCAUCCGGCUGAUACUUUUGUCAUUUUUAGGAGGACUUCUUCAUGCCAUAAUUCACAGUUCUUUUUUAUUCAGAUUAACCUUCUGCAAUUCCAUCAUGGUACAUCAUUUUUACUGUGAUGUUAUACCAUUGUUUAAGAUCUCCUGUACUGAUCCUUCUAUUAAUUAUCUGAUGGUAUUUAUUUUCUCUGGGUCAAUACAAGUCUUCACCAUUUUGACUGUUCUUGUCUCCUACACACUAGUGCUCUUUACAAUAUUAAGAAAGAAGUCUCUACAAGGCAUAAAGAAAGCCUUCUCCACCUGUGGGGCCCAUCUCUUUUCUGUGUCUUUAUACUAUGGCCCCCUCCUUUUCAUGUAUGUGCGCCCUAGAUCUGCACAGGCAGAUGAUCAAGAUAUGAUGGACUCUCUAUUUUACACUGUCAUAAUUCCGGUGUUAAAUCCAAUGAUCUAUAGCCUGAGAAAUAAGAAAGUUAUAGAUUCAAUGAGAAAAAUGUUAAAGAGACAUGCCUAG